GGGGCGCGCGCUCGGCCGUUGGCUGCUCGGGGCCGCGCGCCGCCAGUGAGCGGGAACGGCCGCCGCUCGCGCCGCCAUGACAUCGGCUCUCGAGAACUACAUCAACCGUACAGUUGCAGUGGUCACAGCAGAUGGAAGAAUGAUUGUGGGUACGUUAAAGGGGUUUGAUCAGACCAUCAACCUAAUCCUAGAUGAAAGUCACGAGCGCGUUUUCAGUUCACAACAAGGUGUGGAACAAGUAGUACUUGGCUUGUACAUAGUGCGAGGAGAUAAUGUGGCUGUAAUUGGUGAAAUAGAUGAAGAAACAGAUUCUGCUUUGGAUCUGGGGAAUAUCAGAGCUGAACCUUUAAAUUCUGUGGUCCAUUGAAAGAUGUGAGAACUUUGUGAAUGCAUAGAUAGCUUUGAGGAGAACUGGAACUGAUGCUUUCACAAAUGUGCACCAUCCUCGAGGAUAUUUGUAGUUCUGAAGGAAGAAAAGCUAUUUCGUACCUGAACAUUUUUAUGUCUUUGUAGUUUGAAUAUUUACAUACAUAUUUCUUAUGUAUUGAGUUUUUGCUGACCAAUUGAAAAUAAACGUAAUGAAAUUUUAACUUAAACUCA